ACCAUCAGCCACGAUGGCAGAACUGGAGACGUAUUACAAACUGAGCUCCUACCUUCUGUCGAUGUUGGGACUCUGGCCGUAUCACAGUGUCAAACUUCGACGAUUUCAAACUGGUCUUAUCAGUGUGAGCGCCUGGUAUACCAUGUUUGCCCUGUUGAUGGUCUUCAAAACCGCCAAGUUGACAAUGUCGCUACUGUUGAAAAAUCUAUCGCCCAUAAUAAUGUACACGGGUUCGCUUUUAAAGUACAAUGCAUUUUGGUAUCAGGCCGAUACAAUCAAGGAAUUUAUGGACCGCGUAAGAUGCGACUGGGAUACGAAUCACGACGAGAUACAUAAGAUUCUGGUGAAACACGCCUGUAUUGGAAAACAGUACUCAACGUUGUACGCCAUGUUUGUUUAUCCGUCAGCGAUUGUUGUAUCGAUAUUCUAUAUCGCAUCCUUUAUUGUGAUCACAGACGUGCCAUUGAACGAGACUCGAAAAGACUAUUUUCCAAUAGAGAUGGAAUACUUGAUCGACGAAGAAAAAUACUUCUAUUUACUUGCAUUUCAUAAGAACUUGUCACUAUUCUAUUGCGCAUCUGUCUUUAUAGCCACAGAGACGGUGUACAUCAUGUGGCUACAGCAUGCAGCGGGCUUGUUUGAAAUUACGAGUUAUUAUAUCGAAGAAGCAGUUUCUGUGGGAUGUGAAUGGCCAUCUGUUUCGCAAGAUUAUUUGGAUAGAAACAGUACGAGGUGUUUAGUAAGUGCAGUAGUUGCACAUAAAAAGGCGACAAAGUUCGCCCUAGAUUUGAAAGUGAAGUUCGAAGCCUCGUACUUGAUUCUCCUUAUCCUCGGUGUUCUGUCCUUAAGCGUUAAUUUUUAUCGCCUGUCUCAAGCAAUAUUUUUGACCCACGAUUUCGAAGAGCUCGUGAUGUCUCUACUGUUUUCGAUUUCUGAGUUGGUGUACAUGUUUUACAUAAACUAUUUGGUACAGCAACUGUUGGAUGUCGCGAACAACCUCUCCAUUAUAAUAUACAAUACUAACUGGUACAAAUUAUCAGUAGCCAUACAAAAAUUGUUGCUAAUCAUCAUGGUUAGGUGCAGCGAACCUUUUAUUUUCAGUAUUUCUUGUUUCUAUUUCGCAUCCAUCGAAGGGUUUUCCACGCUUAUAAGGAAUACAGUAUCCUAUUUUAUGAUGAUGUCAUCCUUCGAGGUUUAGGACAAAUUUUCCUGGCCUAGCAAUAGCGGAAUUACUAGUGAAGUACCAGAUCUAAUGCAGCAUUGUACAAAGUAUAGAUUGAAAUAGCGCAAUUUAAACAAAUUUUAAUUAAUUAACGUUUUUCUUUAAACAUGUAUCAUGUACCGUAACAUGAACUUGCAAUAACCAUAAAUUUACAAAUGACAAAUCCAUAUAGUAACUAUAGUCAAACUCAUGCAGGACUAUUCGCAGUGUCACCUAUACAACAAGAAACGUUGGUAUAAUUUUCCCCAAAAGUGAUGGGAAAGUUGUUUGAUCCAGUUGUUUGAUGGGAAAAAUGGAUGGAAACAUGUACAAUGAACGUGACAACGAUCUUAACCACGUAUAUGUUAUGAUUCCUUUUUAUCUUCUUCAAAUAGUAAAAUAGUCAAAUAGUUGUUAAUAAAAUUGGUAGAUAAAUCAACUAAAGACUGGAAUCGAGUAUAUACAGUGUGUUUUGUUCGAAUCAUAAUAGUUAAAUAUCUCAUGUAAAUAAUUUUAUUUUAAGUGAAGUAGUGGGAGAGAUUUAACAAACAAAUUAAUUUGUUUAAAAUGGAACCUUGAAUAUUUUUGUCCAUAAUACAAUAGCAUUUGUUUAGAAAAAUUCAUGGAUCUAUAAUGCAUGGCCAUUUAUUCUACUGUAAAACUCUAAAUUGGCAAAAGAUUUGAAUGACGCGCGUAUUGAGUUCGGAGAAUGUGUAUCAUGAUAAGUCCUUACAGAAAAUACAAAAAUAUUUAUUUUUCUCAACUUCUCUGAUAUGACAUAGAGAAAUUGCACCCAUCGCGUUCCAAACGGAGAAAAAUAUCGCACGUGCAAAAUUGUGUCUUUUAAAAGACACGCGACAGUCGAGGGUGCGUUCUCAGUUCACUAAUAAUAUUAUGCACCCUCGAUUGUGGAGACGUAUUGCAAUCAUAUCGAUCUUUGCCAGGGAUGGUGGAAACCGUGCUUAAAUUACAAUUCCUGCCACUAACGUUCCGCCACCUUUCAUGACAACCUAACGUUUCGAAGCUAUAAAAUCAAGAUAAAUAAAGGUUUGUGUUAGAAGGGUUGAUCAAGUUUUCAU